AUGAGACUGAUCAAUAUUUUAUUUGUACUGAGCGCAGCAGCAACCGCUAAUGCAAUACUGAUCCCGACUGAUAACGAUGAUUCACCCAAAGUAUCAAGCACCUCCAGCCAAGUGUCUGGCCCCACUAAUGAACCCAGUCCAGGCACUUCCGACGACUGGCAACAGCCAAUGGAUAUAGUCGGCUCAAGUACUUUUAAUGAAGACUGGAAAAAACUAUUUGAUCAGAUUAAUUUAAACACUCCCAACCAAGGCCAGCAACAGACAAUUGAUGUAGCUAGUCCAAGUAGUUCCAAUCAAGGCCGGCAACAACUAAUGGACCAACCUGGACCAAAUACUUUUAAACAGGGUCGAAAACGCCAAAUGGAUAGAGAUGAUCCAAGCACUCUCAAACGAGUACGGAAACAACCAAUGGAUGAUGUCAAGACUGUUUCAAAUCGAAAGACUAGUUUGGUAAAAGCAUCUCAGAUUAUUACUAAACUAAAGGAGAAAUUUAGAGAAGCUAAACAGAUGGAAAGGAAAACAUAUCAAGCCUAUACUAGUUAUGAAGUCAUUGGAUUCAGACAAAGAAUAGCAUUAGUAACAGGUCAAGAUAUAUCUGGAUCAACGUACGAUCCAGAGGUUGAAAAGCAAUUGAAACAAGAUUAUGAAAAGGCAAGCAAAGAAGUAAACGAUAUAGGACAAAAACUAAGAUUUAUGAAAAGGCAUGUUUAA